AUGUCAUUUGUUGCAGGCCAGAAGAAGCUGACAAAGAUUGUUGGUGUUGAUCCAUAUCGCAACAAAGCCCACAACAAAUUGUCAGGAGUUCAAAAACGCCCACAAACAACACAGAAUAGGUUAUUCGGAGUUGAAAAGAAAAUCAGUGUAAUGAAUGCAAAGUGCAAGAUCUGCAAGUGUUCCAUCCAUCAGGCUGGCUCACACUAUUGUCAAACUUGUGCAUAUCAAAAAGGUAUUUGUGCGAUGUGUGGCAAACGAAUUCUAAAUACCACUGGUUUACGGCAGAGUACCGUUUGA